AUAUGAUAGUCCCUAUUAAUUCCAUAUUACAUUUACUAAAGUACGGUUGCGGUUUGCGAAUGAGUGAGAAGUCAUGGACCCUGGCACUGUGUUGGGCGCGGUAUCUCUAGUCUUUCAAGUCUUUUCUAGCUGUAUGAAAGGCUGUCAGCUCGUACUAGAAAUCAAAGACUUCCCACAAGAAUAUGGAUAUCUUCGGCAUCGUUUUCGCCGUGAACAGCUUCAGCUGCUGGACUGGUGGGACGUAUCAGGCUUCACGGAUGAGACGACAAUCCAAGGUGCCCGGCUGGAUCAAAGAAGGCAGGCCGAUGUCGAAUCUUUGAUCCUAAUAAGGACCCUGAUACUUGAGGCCUGUCAGAUCAAGCAACGGUACGACCUGUGUUUAAGUCCUGUAGACGAUAAUCAAGGGGAUUCCACCUUGGAGCAAGCAAGAUUGCUUCUUUUCAACCCGCUAGAGGUGCCCAACAAAAAGGGAAAACUACUCCGGAAGUGUCUUCGAUAUGUUGAUAGUGCAUUUCUAAAAUAUCCCACAAGACUCCGUUGGGUCGCAUUCGACGCAGACAAAUUUGAACAACUGCUGACUAGGUUUUCUGAACUAAACGAAUCGAUGAAGUCCAACUUAGCAUUGGAGAAAAUCUAUCAGUUUGAAAAGCGACACGAGACUACGCAACUAGAAGUUGUACGACUAUAUAAAAGAUUUGAUGAGCUUUCUGAUAUCAGUCGAUCGUGUCACUGCCUGCGUCUAGAUCACGAUUUAGGGAGGUCUUGGCGAGACUCGAACGAGAAACUUUUAGAGCGACUGGCUCGAUUAAAGGCUCUCAAUAUAACGGUCAACAAGGGUGAUUUGCCUUUUGAAAACGAUGUAGCGGCACAGGCCGAACUGAGAGUGCCAUUGCCUGACGACCUUAAACUGAUUGCAUCACAGCUAAAGCUUCAAGGUAAUCCAAAAGAGGACAACUACCAACGAGUUUCCGGGACAUUCAAUGAUAUCACUGUGUGGGUAGAGUGGAAAAGCUACAGUAUAGAGAGUACUGUAUCGGAGUGUAGCUUUAUUGAAAAUCGAAUUGCGCGCCUCACCACGUUGCUCCUUAAGAGCCCAGAGACUACUGAAAAGCUCCACCUCCCGGCCGCCCUUGGCUAUUCGCCUAUCUUGACAAACACGUUGGCCCCCCAGUCUCUUUAUGAUAGGCUGCAGACUACCUUAAAGCCUUCUUUAAGUACUAGGAUAGAUACAGCGCGGCGAUUGACGACAAGCCUGGAAUAUCUCCAUGUAGCAAAGUGGCUUCAUAAAGGCCUAAGGAGCGAUAACAUCCUAUUCCCGACUUCAUCUUGCUCAGACUGGCUGCCGCUUUUCCUUUCCGGCUUCGAUUAUUCUCGCCCGGCAGACCCAGGUGAAAGAACAGAGCUUCCGACGAACCGCAGAGAGCAUGACUUAUACCGGCAUCCGGAUGUUCAGUUCGAUGUUCCCCGAGAUGGAGAAUAUGGAUACGAAGAAAAGCACGAUGUGUACAGCCUCGGUGUAAUUUUGAUGGAAAUUGGAUUGUGGCAACCUAUUUACCAGUUCCUCGGGUUUUCUCUGAACAAGCUCAUGCCACGCCCGGCUAUAAGAGCAGUUCGCACUAAGCUCUUAAAGGCUGAAUCACUUACUACUCUCGAGUCAGAGGCUGGUGAAAGGUUCUCAGAAGCCGUCAGGCUGUGCUUAGUUGGUGAUAUUGGACAGUCACCAGAUGAACCUCAAAGCCUAGUAAAUGCAGGAGAAAGCAGUUAUCAAUGGAAUGACUCGAUAGAUUGCCUACAGAGGACUAAGGAGAUAUUGCAAAGUAUCGCAGUAUAA